AUGAAUGAAGACGCAGAAAAAAGAGCAAGUUUAAAUCCCUUUUCCAAUGAAGAAGUUUGUCACAUAUGCCAAGAACCGUUUUCAAUAAAUAAUAUCAGAAAAACUUGCCGGCACUGUGGAAGUUUUGUGUGCAUAGACCACUCUGCAAAGAAAAAAUGAAUUGAUGAUACUUUAUCAAGAAUGUGUGACAAAUGCAGGUUUAAUAAAACUAGGCUUUUUCUGAUCAGCCAAAGUGCUCCGAAACUCAAUGAGCUGAAAAGCGCGAUUUCACAGAUAUCUUUAGAUAAUGAAAGAUUAUCUAAAGAAAUUAAAGAGGUUAAGAUCUGAGAGAGUGAGAUUAAUAUAAAAUUCAAAGAGAAUAAACUUGACCAUGAAAAGACUUGCUCUAAAAUUGAACCAAAAAUUGAAGAAGUUGUGGAAGAGAAUGAAAGAUUAAUAUAUGCGAUUUCGAAUUAUAAAAAAGUUAUUGAAGAUAGAGAAAAACUAUACUGAAAUUGAUUAAUUAAUUUAAUUUGAAAAUAGUAUAGGACAAUAGAAUUUUUUUUUAAAAUUGAGCUUGGUAAGUUAUAAUUCUUGAGAGAAAUAAGUAUGCUUUAGAAUUGGAAAAUGAAUUAAAAAAAGCUGAGAAUGAAAAAGAGACAGAUGCACAAAAAUGUGAAAAUUUGGCGAAAAAUAUAAAAACUCUUAAAAGCAUCAAUCAGAAUAGCAUCGUCAUGCCAGCUAUAGAAAGCUGUACAUGUGAAGAGUGCAAAAUCAAGCUAUUUGGAACUGCUGCAAUUAAAUCUCAGCCAAAAGAGAUGAAAAGCAACCAAAAAUGCUAUAUAUUUUAA